AUGGAAUCAGAACCGCCCAUUGUUCAUGAAACACAUCAUGAAGUAGAGCCCGGAGAUCAUGUUGCAGUUGAAGGGUCCGGAGAAGAAUUUAAACAGAAAAUGGAUGAUUUCAUCAAAGAAUUAGCCGUCAAAAUGCAUGUUCCCACAGGAGCUGUCAUCGCCAUGGUUAUUGGCAUGAUCCUAUUUGUUCUGCUAAUACUCUUCUGUAUUUGCAAACGGUGUGUUUUCAAACGUCGAAAAAAAGAUCGUGGAGCGAAGAAAAGCAAGGCGGACAUAAAAAGUGUACAACUUUUAGGCAAAGGUUUAACUAAAGACAAAGGAGAUUUGGAUGAACUAGAAGCCAACAUGGAAGACAAUGAAGGCGUACAGGAAAAGGAGGAAGUUCAUUUGGGAAAACUUCAGUAUUCUAUUGACUAUGACUUUACGCAAGGAGAGUUAACUGUUGGCGUUAUACAAGCUACGGAUCUGCCUGGAAUGGACUUGUCUGGAACGUCUGAUCCAUAUGUGAAAGUCUUUCUUCUGCCUGAGAAAAAAAAGAAAUAUGAAACUAAAGUGCAUCGGAAAACUUUGAAUCCAGUGUUCAAUGAGACAUUUGUCUUUAAAGUUCCAUACGCUGAGAUUGGCGGAAAAACUCUGGUCUUUAAUGUUUAUGAUUUCGAUAGAUUUUCUAAACACGAUCAAAUAGGUCAAAUUCAAGUGCCACUUGGUUCUGUCGAUUUGGCGCGUGUAAUUGAAGAGUGGCGUGAUCUCAGUCCUCCUGAUGAUGACGAAAAGGAAAAUCGUCUUGGAGAUAUUUGCUUCUCAUUACGCUAUGUACCAACCGCCGGGAAGUUGACUAUCAAUAUUUUGGAAGCUAAAAAUUUGAAGAAAAUGGAUGUUGGCGGACUAUCAGAUCCUUAUGUCAAACUUUCUCUGAUGUUGGGAGGGAAAAGAAUUAAAAAGAAGAAGACUACCAUUAAGAAAUGUACUCUAAAUCCUUACUACAAUGAAUCAUUCGCUUUCGAAGUACCGUUUGAACAAAUUCAGAAAGUGACGCUAAUAGUAAUCGUGGUUGAUUACGAUCGAAUUGGGACAUCAGAGGCAAUUGGUCGGGUUGUUCUAGGUUGCAACGAAACAGGAGCAGGCUUGCGUCAUUGGUCAGAUAUGUUAGCCAACCCUCGUCGACCUAUUGCACAAUGGCACACGCUACAACCAAUGCCCGAGAAAGGUUAACGAACAUGAGAGACAAAAAACAC